AUGGCUGAGAAUCCAGCUGGUCCGCCUGAGGACAUGCCUGCUCCUCCUGCUGCGAGCCAGCCUGAGCACGGCCUUGAUCCAUCCAGAUACCAUUUGUACACCAAUCUCAGAGGAGACACUCUUUACGUUCACGACCGCUUCACUGACUGGCUGGAUGAUCUUCCCCAGACCCUGACCCCUGCCGAGCGCUACCUGCUGGGCAUCGAUCCCCUUGCCGAUCACCCAUUGCACCCGCUUCCUGCUCUGUCGCCCCGGGAGAGAUUCAUGACGCAUUUCCCCAUCGACACACCUCUGAGAGUAGCUUCUGCCCCCGUCGCUCUUCCAUCCUCCCAGAAUGUCGCGCAUUUUAACAAUGGACCGUCCACAGAUGUGCCGGUCGAUGGAGGACCUCAGCUCACUCUCACUCAACCAGAGACUGCAAAUAGCUUGGCUAGCAGAAAACGUCCCACCGACGAGGACCUCCAAGACGCAGAGCCCCCUCGCAAACGGAGCCGCCUCCAGGAAGUCAAGGCUAAGGUCUCUCUCAGAUUCUCAACAGCCUUUUCUACGGCUAAUGGAAACGCCAAUUCCAAGGCUCGUGCCGCGAAGAAUGACAGCUCUCUGCCUUGCUUGGCUGUUACCGCCGCAGCGACCGGCGUGGCUUCCCCAGGCGAGACCCCGGCGGCGUCCCAAGGUGUGCAAGGCAUGCAAGGAGGUCAAGGAGUGCCAGGCAUGCAAGGAGCGCAAGAAUUGCAAGGCAUGCAAGGCUUCCAAAGCGUGCAAGGCAUGUCAGGAGUGCAAGUCUUGCCAGGCUUGCCAGGCGUGCCUCAAGAGGAAGACAAGUUCAUGAAGCGCAUGAGCCGCAUCCUCUCGGCGGCCACCCCUAGCGUCAUGCCGUCUCUCCGAUCGCCAGUUUCCGUGGCUCUUCCAGACUGUCUUGUUCGAAUCAUCUUUAUGGGAGAUGCCAGCGUUGGCAAAACUACGUUGAUCAAGCGAUUCAGCAACAGCCGCUUUGAUCAGACUUAUACACCGACACACCUCGAGACUGCAUUCACCACCAUUACCCGAGAUAAUGAGACCGUUGGACUUGAGCUCUGGGAGGCCGGUGGCACUGUUGAGCCGACUCGAACCUCGGCCAUGAACUUUGCCUGGUUCGAUGUUGUCGUGAUCUGUUUUUCUGUUGGAGACUCUGGCACGAUUCAGAAUCUCAAGGAGUACUAUAACCAUGCGAUGCUGCGUACAGAAGGAGCCUGCAUUGUCCUUGCCGGCCUCAAGAAGGACCUUCGCCGAGAGUACGGCACUCUCCGCCUGAGCUUCCUGGAGGAGCCCGACGCUGUCUCAUACCACGAGGGCCAGCGCAAGGCACAAGAGGUUCAUGCACAGGAUUUUGUAGAGUGUUCUGCGGCCACCGGCGAGAACGUUAAUGAGCUGUUUGAGAAGGUGAUCGCCCUGGGUGUGCAGCGAAAGAAGGCUAUUGAGAAGGAGGCGGCUCGCCUCCAUCGCGAGGCAAAGAUGGAGCAGCGGGUCUCACAGGUCGGCAAGCUUGCUGGACGUCUCUUCUGUUUCGGCAAGAGCUGA